AUCUUUAGAUCUAUACCAGUUCCUAGUCAAUAUUUAAGAUAGCCAACAUGCCUAUAUAGCCUUCUGAUUAGGUGAGUGUAUAUUAUCUAUGCAGCAGCAACCAAGUAUUUCACUUCUAUAUGCUUUGAUGGGUGAUUACACGAGUUUGACAUUUUCUUUCUUGUUGCUUGGGACAUUCACCAAAGCUGUAACAGGUCUAUCAUGCACACAUGCACAGCCCAGCAGUUUGCAAUUGAGCCUGAGUCAGUGGUACAAUCCGAGGGAUUGUUGGCAGAGUUUGAGUGCCUGUCUCCUGGAAUACUAGCUCAUGCUUGGUUUGUGAAUGGCAUAGCGUCUACAAGUCUUACAUCUGAAAUCAGAGUAGUUGCAGGAAGUGAAGGUCGUCCCUCAGUGCUGACCAUUCCAGCUAGCUCACAGUACAACAAUAGUGUCCUACAGUGUGCAGCAAUUUCAGUGAGUGGUGGAGUCUUUUCAAGGAAUGCAACAUUGAUAGUUGAGCGUGUAUCUAUAGAGGUGGUAAAUAGUCCAACCAACAUUGCGGUUACCGUGACGAAUAACUUCACUAUGAAAACCCUCACCUUCCGUGUGCACAUCUCUCUCACUACUCUGGGCACUAAUGAGAUGGUUGCACUCCCUCCUCUAAAUGGUGGACAAAAUCAAGCACGAUUUAAUUAUAGACAACCUGAUAACCACACCAUCUGUGAUAUAUUCACCUUCACUGUGAUUCCAUUUAGUGAGUCAGGAAUAGAAGGAAGAUCCAGUGAACCAGUCACUGGGUUCUUUACAACAGUAUCAGGUGGUAAUGUCACUCCCCUCAUCAGUCAGGGAGAAAAUGUGUUGAGAAAAAUUGUAUAUAUUGGUGGCAUGGUACCCAACUGUACCAGUUUCACUUCCUACCAAGUUAUCUCAGAAAUUUUAUCAGCACCCAUCCGUAAGACCAUUGAAGACCCUCUAAUGAUAAAUUUCUCUCUUCCCACUGACCAAAGAACCAACAUCUGUGUGACACUCACUUCGAUUAUGGGUGUACAUCUCAUAUUCCAGAACAUACCAAUUAUUACAACUGAUAUUCAAGAUUUGAUUGUAAACGUUUGCCCUCAAGAAAACUGUGUUAGUGUGAGCAUUGUGUAUGUUGAACAUACCCUCUCUCCCGGAGCUAUGGUUUGUGUGAUACGUCUAUUAUCUGAUGUCUCACUGGACUUUACAAGCAUUAAAAUAGAGACGAUUCGACGAAAUACGAAUAACAAUUUUACCAUCCCUGUGGCUCGCAGUGGAUUAUACAGAGUGAUUGCCUUUGACCUCGAGAACAACAACAAUAUACAUGUACCAAGAAUACCCAUCUCCAUAGCAGCCGACAGUGAAACUACGUUUGUAAGCAAUAAAUCUUCCACUGAACCAAAUUCUCCACCUAAUUCUGAGGACAUCACUGUCACCAGACUACCAAAUGGAAGUGCUGAAGUGACUUGCACUAUUUCUGACCAGAGUAAUUGUCUAGUGUUGGUUCUGUCUACAAAAUCUCCUACUUCUCUUGAUCCGAUGGUGGUGAUUGGUUUUAUUGAACCACCUAAUGACAGAACCACUGUCACUCUUAAUGCCACUUCCGAUGUUUAUGUUGUAGUAUACACCUGGAAUAGUGAUUCUGAUGAGACCAUCUUUGAUGGACAAGUAUCUUUCAUUAGCCGACUAGAACAACCAACUAGUCCUCCACUUUCACUAUCACCUCCAGUUCCAAUGCAAAAUUUAAUAGUACUAACAAUAGCAGGUAUCAUAACUGUGGUCGUGGUGCUGCUUCUCCUGGUAGUCACCGUAACUAUCGUUGUAGCCAUGGUUAUUGUGAAGAGGAAACAAAGCUGUUCUACAUGUAGAGGUGAAAUUAUUAAUAAAAAUGGUCAUGUUACUUCUUCCAUGCAUGCAGAUGAGGUUCCAGAAUCAGAUGGACGAGUGGAUUGGUCAUCAACAUUUGCAGGAAUUGAGCAGCCCAACGAAGCUUAUGCUACAGUACUCAUGAAAAACAUUGCCUAUGAGCAAAUAAAGAAACCACGGGGACAGAGGAUCGAUGACUCACAAGCCCCGGUAGCUGCAGAGGGAGAGUAUGAAAGCAUUGAGCCAGUUCAUCAGUACGAGGAAGUGUUGCCUCAGGGGAAAGCAAGUCGUGCAAACUACGUGGACAUCAACUGACAAAUGUAUGGUACCCCACCAAAUUCAAAAAUGUUUACGUGUGUCGCAUAAUUAUAAUAUUAAUUUUAUCUGCAGUUAU